AAAAGCCACCUUCUCCUGGGAGGCCCAGCCCCUCCCCUCCCCUCCCCUCCCCUCGAGGCUUAUGUCUCCGUGGACUAAAGUGCGCCCGGCCCGGCCGCGGCACUCGCGGCGGUGCCUCCCCGCGGCCUUCGGCAUUUGGUCGAAGCCAAUGCUUCGGUCUCUCCGGAGGGCCGGCCGGGGCCGGGCUCGGGCUCGGGCCCGGCCUCCUCCACCACGUCUCCGCGGGGCAAGUUCUGCGCUGCGGCCGAGGCUGCCUCGGGCCGGGAGGCAGUUGGCGGCGCCGAGGGCUGCCAGGGGUGCAGAUGAGAGACAGGCCUGCAGCCCUGCGCCUCGGGCCAGGCCUUUGGCCCAGGCCCUGGCUACACGCUCUGUAUGCUCUGCGAUUCACUGGUCAGUUGCACAAUAAGUUUAGACCAGCUGCAAGUGUAAAGUAAUUGUCCCACCAUAAAAAUGCCCCUGGCUACAAAAAGAACCAACCAGCAAAAAAGUUCUUGAAAAUGGGUGAUAUCUGUAGCUGGUUUCUAUCCAGCUUUCAUUUGAAUGUACAGCAGCCCCUGAGACGCCAGAGGACCUAUUGCAGGAUAGCAAGGGGGGACACACUCAGUGGAGAUGGGGUAUCUGCAGUGACUCGGCUCAGGGAGGUACCCAUUGUCUUCUGCGCUGACAACAGACUUGCCUGUUUAAAACCAUCUCCUAACCUGUUUGCUUUACGUGGCCCUCGCUGCGAACACCUGGAAACUUAUGCCUAGCUCUGGUGCUGUAGCAAUGAUUUCCUCCUCGGAGCUGCUGGCUGGAGAAGAUGAAGUGGAGUCUUGUGUAUUAAAAUUUCCAGAGCUGGAUCUGAAAGAAUCUGUUCCUCUCACAUCCAAACCUAGGCUGAAAGUGGAAUUAGAUGCCAGUGUGAGAAAGAAGUAUGCAUUUGCAAAGAAGAAGGCAUUUGCCCUCUUUGUUAAAAUGAAGGAAGUGCCAGCCACAGCUAACUGCCCUUCGACCAUCUGCGGGGAGGGAGCAUGGUGGAAAUGCUGCAGGCAAAUGUUCAAAGACCUCUCCAGCAUUCACAGGCACAUAGCUACGCAGCAUGUCAGUGACAUCAGGCAACAAACAGGUUUGAUUUUAAAGCAGUUGGCUGCUGAAGCUAGCACCUCAAGUAACCCAGCUUCUGUGGACAAGGCCAUUAGGCUAAAUGGUCCCACUUGUAACAGCCCUGAGAUAUCUGUUAGGCUCCCAGACACAAGCCACAUUAGCUUUGAUGAACUAACAAGUGACAUGGGAGAGGUGCUGUUAUAUUACUGCUACUGCGAAGUGAAAGACCCAGAGAGGCUUUGCAUUUGGCAGAAGGCUCUGUGCCAACACUUGCAUAUCACUGGCAAGGUGCGGAUUGCUUCAGAAGGAAUUAAUGGGACAGUUGGCGGAAGCAAAGCAGCUACAUGUCUUUAUAUAGAAGCAGUGCUUUCCCAUCCUCUGUUCAAAAACAUUUUGUGUAGAGAGGAUUUCAAGAGCAGUGCAGGAGGAGCACACUGUUUCCCAGGCCUUCGAGUAGAUGUGUUUGAAGAGAUUGUACCCAUGGGCAUUGAUCCAAACAAAGUCUCCUACAAAGAAACUGGAAUCCAUAUGUCACCUCAGGAAUUUCAUAAAGAAGUGGAAAAAUAUUUAUCUCAGGCUAAUCAAGCACAAAGUGACACCAUUUUACUGGAUUGUAGGAACUUCUAUGAAAGCAGAAUAGGACGCUUCCAGGGUUCCCUGGCUCCUGAUAUCAGGAAGUUCAGCUAUUUCCCCAACUAUGUGGACAAAAAUCUAGAGCUGUUUAAAAACAAGCGAGUACUUAUGUACUGCACUGGAGGGAUUCGCUGUGAAAGGGGCUCUGCCUACCUCCGGACUAAGGCCAUGUGCACAGCAGUUUACCAGCUAAAGGGCGGCAUCCACAAGUACUUGGAAGAAUUUCCAGAUGGGUUCUACAGGGGGAAGCUGUUUGUAUUUGAUGAACGUUACGCUCUCUCUUCCAACAAAGAUGUUAUUUCAGCAUGCAGGUACUGCGGGGCAUUGUGGGACCAGUACAGACUUUGCUCCAGCCAGCACUGCCGGCAGCUUGUCUUGACAUGCUUGAGCUGUCGAGAGAAAGGCUUCACAGCUUGUUGUUCUGUUUGUCAAGAGAAAGGGCUUCAGCUGGCUUCACGGUCUUCUAGCCCAGUGCUCAAGGAAGAAUGUGAAUGUACAGACCGACGGCAGCAGUGGUCAUUUUUCUGCCUCCUACAAUGUGAUACAUCCCAUGAAUGGUUGCCUACAACCAGAGAAAAUGAAAAAUGUAAAGGAGCAGGCAAGGUCUACAUUCUCCUUCCCAUAAUCGAGGCAUGUCUGCGUGUCCCAUUCCCUCCCCACAUACCAUGUAUACUGGUGUUGGCAAGAAAUCAAAGACAGAUGGAAACAACAACUUAUUUAUUCCUGGGACUGUGGGCUGCCUGUGGUUAAGGCCAUUUUUCCACAUGAACAUAAGCAGCUCUGUUCUAUUCUCCAAACUCAAGCUAGUGCUUCUGCAGUUAUCAGGCAUUGACUAAGUAGCUCAGCAGUGGCUGUGGGAUAUUAGCUUGACUCUCAGCUCUCACUAAUGACCGUUAGAAGAAACAGCAUACAACCUUGAAAAGACCCAGUGCCAUAGAUUUGAAAUGUGAUUGUUUCCAGUCUCCCAGAAAUGACUCUCAACCCAGGGUUGUUAAAGCAUCUGACAAAAUGGAAUUCAACAGUUUUUAUUAAUAUUUUGGCAGAUUGAGCACUAAUGAAGAAAAUGUUCUUUGAAACUUCUCUCCACUUUCUGUACUAAGUGGUAAGGUCGAAUACUGGCUUUUUAUAACAACUGUUUUUAAAAAUAAAAUAAUUUUUUCUCAGGUUCCUGCAGUGACCUGUUGUCAGAUACAGCAGGUUUAUUUCCAAAUAGGGGCUAACUGUUUCACCUUACAGCACUCUGGUAGGAGCAUAGGAACUGAUAGCUGAAGGAUUGGACACUAGUUGUAAUUAAGGCCUGUCAUUUUACUCAUAAUGUUGUUACUAUGACUAAGUGCUCCAGGGUUCUACUCAGUGUGGUUUGCUUUUUGUGAAGCACGUCUUUGAAACGUCUUGGUUUCUACUUUGGGAGCCUUCCUCAGAAUUCGUAUUUUAAAAGGAAUUGCUUGGUAUCUUGUUCAGUGUCCAUGAAAUGAUCAAAAGGGCUCCCAAAGGUUUUUUGAGCAGAUCCCCUUCCCUCCCCCCAUUCCUCAUCUGCUAUCCCCUGCACUCAUAUGACAUCAGUUACGUUGUCAAACCUUUUCUUACUGUGCUAGAGAGUGGCACGUUUGUAGCAGACCCCUCUCAAUCACUCUGCAGUCCUCGUUUAGAGCACUGCCAGUAGCCAGGUUUGGGAAUUCAAAACCACACGUGUAGUUUCAGGUGUCCUUUUAAAAAGAUCCAUCAAGUACAAAAAAAAAUCUCAGCUUGCUGGAAGUAUUGGAAUCCUACCCGAGGCGUUUCUGCAUUCCCUUCUCAGUGCUAAAUGUAAAACCAUGUAAAUUUUAUUUUAGGGCUGAACUUUUAAAAUAGGAAGGAUGAAAAAGAAGACUUAGCACUUCCAAAGUAUUUAUUUUGUGAAGUGUUGUACAAAGAUUCUAUGUUGGUGCCUAGAAAACCUUUAACCCCUUGGAGGACAAAUGACAGCAGAGAUAUGGCUAAUUCCCAGCCCGAUACCUGCUAACAAGGAGCAGACAAGAGUUUCCAGUACUGGAGCUACUACCUUAAAACCCCAAUACCAUCCUGCCCCCUGCUGCCCAGAAACCUCCCUGAGAUGUAGGUCAAAAUUCUUGGCCACAGUGUAGCAAGGUACAUGCUGUGAGUGGUCAGUUAAUGGGGUUGAUUAAUGUGAAGGAUCUGCAGAGGAGGCGUGAGGUGCUUAGGGCCGGUCUCUGUACAAGGCAGGGGGAGUAGAAGGCUCAAUUGUUUUAGUAUUAAUUGCGGGAGAGAGCAGGAGAGGAGAAAGGCCUGGUUUGUUCUGGAAUUGGGUGGGUCGGAAUUGGGUGGGUCAGAGACCCAGUGGCUGAAGAGAGGCCUUGUGAAAAGCAAGUGACUGAGAGAUCCUCCCAUGUGAGCAACCCCUUUGUCCUGGUCUCUUGCCCAUUUAUUAAAUGGACAAAAAAAAGCACUCUGACAGCUCCCUUACACAUCCAAUCACAGUUUAAUCAAUUCAAAGGACAGAUGCAGCAACUCUUCAGGGAAACUACAGUAGCUCUAUAUAAUACCGCUGCAUGCAUCUCAGUGUUUCCAGCCAGGAGAGUUGGGACCCUGCCAGGUACUGGGGGGCACUGUCUUGAUUCACCCUUUUCUCCAGAGCAACUAGAACAAAAGUUUGACCUCUUCACCUUCAUUCCCUACUGUUCUUCUGCUUUGUUUGUAUAUAACCUGAUGCAUUUCACCAUGAUUUUGCUUUGACUGCAUCUCCUUUACCAGUUAGGAGGUGCACCCCACCUGUGUUUUUUCCAGUAGAGUCAAUGGCACUGCUUUGUGAGCAAGGGCUCACCUUUGUGAGUCUGUCUUUUCCAGAUCAGUCUGGAGUCUCCUGAAGCAUGUUUCAAAGGUAAAAUUAGUUCAGAUACUGCUCUGGCAUGGAAAAGGACACGGUUAUCACUUUUAAAAAGGCUAUUUUAAUUCUUAUUUUGAGAAAAAACCUAUGCUCAAGUCUUCAAGGCAGUGUUCCAUAUCUGGUAGCAGGGUGUAGACUAAAUGCCAGUCAUUUUGGUUCUGUCUCCUACGUUAAUGUCUCUUUAUUAUUUUCUUUAGUCUUUUGCACAUUAGUUUACAAAAGACACUGCUGAAGCCUGAAGUGACUGACAGUACAUUUAUUUUGAUUUGAGGAGCAACAAACAUACUCUUAGUUCCUAGUCGGGUUGAAAAUAGGAUAUUCAGCAACAUUGUGAACCAGAGCUAAACCCUAUACUCCAUACUCGACAAAAAAUCCAUUGAAACGGGUGGAAGUUUCACUGGAAUAGAUAGUACAAGGACUGUAGAGCUCUGCUGUUAGCCCAGGCAUACAGAAGGCUUGUUACUAAGUGAAACAGGCUGCCAGGAUGUGUUCUUUAUGAUACAGAUUAAGGCCCCAAUCCUGCAACAGUUCUGCAUGAGCAGACACUCCUGGUUGUACAGGGACUUACCAGAGUCAGUGGGUGUCUGCAUGGAUGUAAUGGUCCACGUGCAUGGAUCCAAAUGCAUGAUCAGAGACCAUAUACAUCUACUGGAACGUCUUCCCUUAAAGAUCAGACAGUAGAUUUUAUUGCUAUACAAAAGCCCUUUUCUAAUUGUGCCCUGAAUCAUACAGGUUCACAUGCAUGCUAUUUUCAAGUAUUAACUGCUUUAAUAGGGCAUAGUGUUCAGAGUCUCAUCUAUUCAGAUGUUAGCAAGAAACAUCACCUUUAAGGUUAACUGCUAGGGAAGUGGUUGCCCAGCCAAAAACCAGAACUGGGAGUGAGGACUCCAUUAUGUUCCGAGCAGAAGCACCAGGUGCACACAUUUGGCAUUAUCAAACAGGCAUAGGGAGCAAGGCAAAUUCUCACAUCAGCUUCAACAGAGGCAGGGUUUCAUUCCCCGUCUCUUACAGCAACAGUUUUGCUUAACCAUAGUUAGAAAAGGAAGAUACUAAUGCUGUUUUUGUGACUCUCUUGUUUAAACAUUCGUGGCCUUAUGUUCCUUUUGUUUUCAGCAGGGUAAAAAGGCAUGGAUUAUUUUAUGAAAAAGAUAGAGAUGCUUUUGAAAUCAUGUUUGAAAUAAUAAAUUCAGCCAAUGUUGGUAAUUAAUUGCAGUACACAAGUUCAUGAAUUCAAAGGGUGUUUUAGGAUACUAGCAACGGUUGUCAAAAAUGCCUGUUUCUCUAUAAUUUGAGAUCAACUUGAAAAAAUAAAGUAUUUUUUUAAUACUUCUACAA